GAGAGAGAGAGAGAGAGAGAGAGAGUGAGUGAGUGAAUGUAAAAGAUAUGUUCAAAUUAAACAAGGCUCAAAUUUUGCGCCAUCAGCGCACUGGUGAUCAUGUAAAGUGGGAAAUUAAAGCUCACACGCAGAGUCUCGGGAAUGGCAGGACAUUUUUUGGAAUAAAUUGCAUGGCUCUAUUUGAGCUACUUCAAGCAGCAAAGCUCUGAAUUCAAACAUGCAUGGACGUGGAUGAAAGCUGUAAAACUGAAUUGCUGGAAAACUGAACAAGCACAUGUCACAUAGGGUGAAGAAAUAACUUAGGGUCACUAUUCAUCAACUGUAGCUGUUAUGUCAACUAAUCAAAACAAGUCUGAGUUUGAGCUCUGGAGAACUGAGUGAAGCUCUUCAGAAAGCACGUGGAUUACAGCUGCGCAGACAUCAGAGGCAACACAAUAAAGAGGGAACUACUAAUAGAGUGAGAACCAUGCGUUGAAAGAGGCAUGGAGACCUUUUCAGGGGAGGCAGGUUGGGAUAGAUCUGUCCAUGAAGAUGUUGGAUGGAUCAACUUCACCUCCGCCUCAUCCUCUGGGCAUGCUGGACUCAACAGUACUUUCAGAGCAGGGUCAUACUUCUGGUUGGUAUCUCAGAACAGCUCAAUAAACACGACUCUGCCACCUACUCUGCCCAGACAACGGGACAUGGCUCUUGCGCGUGCAGAGAUUGGAGUUCUGGGUCUAGUUCUUGCUCUCACGACACUUGGGAACAGCUUUGUACUAUGGGUUCUGCUAAGGAGACGCAAAUAUAAUGCACCCAUGCACCUAUUCAUGGUUAAUCUGUGCGUGACAGACCUUGUGGUGGCAUUCUUUCAGGUCCUCCCUCAGCUUGUAUGGGAUAUCACAGAGAGAUUUCAAGGUCCUGAUGUACUGUGCCGCUCAGUGAAAUACCUCCAGAUUGUGGGAAUGUUUGCAUCCUCUUACAUGAUUGUUGCUAUGACAGUGGACCGCCAUAAUGCCAUCUGCUGCCCUCUGCAGGCUUACAAAGGAGGGGCCAUUUCACGCUGGAAUAAGCCCAUCAUGGUGGCCUGGGGGCUAGCGCUUGUUCUUAGUUUGCCACAGGUGUUUAUUUUCUCCAGGUCAGAGGUCGCCCCAGGAGUGUUCGAGUGUUGGGGGCGCUUUGCUGAGCCCUGGGGACUGAAGGCUUAUGUCACCUGGAUGACUUUAUCUGUGUUUGUGCUUCCUACCUUUAUCAUUACCAUCUGUCAGGUACGAAUAUUCAAAGAGAUCCAUGACAACAUUUAUCUGAAAUCAGAGUGUGUGGUUUCUGCUGACAUGAAGAAGAACAUGGUGCUUUUUCACUUUCCCAGCCCGAAAAAGCAGACCAGCACAGUCAGACAGCAAGCAAAACACUCAUGUAUACCACAAGACAAACUCCAUAAAAAGAACAACAACAGUGACUCUCCUCAUUCUGACACAUUCAACUCUGAAGCCGCACCAGAGUUGCCAAAUUGUUGUGACCAAUCGGGCCAGGACAGCUACUGUCCAAAUUAUCGAAUCUCACAGGCUCACACUUACAGUUCACAGUCCCCUGAUGUGCUGCCUCCCAUUCAGACUUGCCCUCAUGCCAUCUGUAAAAAACCUGCCUCUAUCCAGGACUACAACCAGAGCAGAAUACAUUCUCCUAAGCCUCAAAGUGCUUGCUGUCAGACCUCACGUGGUUACUCAUCCUACAACAACCCAACUGAGGUCUGCAGACCUUCAUCAAUCCCCUCUUUCCCUCCUUACCCCAUUCCUCCACCUUUUCCAGGUGUGUCCAAAGCUAUGUCAAAAACGGUGAAGAUGACUCUGGUCAUUGUGCUUGUCUAUACCUUGUGCUGGACACCUUUCUUCAGCGUACAGCUCUGGGCUGCCUGGGACCCUAACCCACCUGACCAAGGUGUGGCUUUCACCAUCCUGAUGCUGUUAGCCAGUCUAAACUCCUGCACUAAUCCGUGGAUCUACACUGCAUUUUCCAGCAGCGUGUCCCGUGAGCUUCUCUUCCUGCUGCGCUGUCGUCCAAAACCGCCCCGCAGGAGUUCACUGCAUGACUACUCCAGUGACAUAAACACCUUCACCACCAAGGACAACCAGUUCUGAACCCUACAGAAUAACCAAUCCACCUCCUCUUGUGUGUCAGCAGAGGAGAUUUAUAGCUCCAGGUCUAUCUGCCCCAUGCAAUGAGAUAAAGAAGAUUUAAUGACAUCUGUGUUGUCAUGAGAUAUUGCAAGGUUUUUAUCGACAUGCGGGAGCCACAUAUUCCAUUCAGGGCAACUAAAGAUGUGCAUGGCAGCAUGGCAUAUUAAUGACCAAUGGGAUCAAUGUAUGAUAUGGGGAUGAAUUCAUGAGAAUUUUAUGUAAAACAGGGCACAUGCUCAAUAAACCUCUGAAAAAGAGGCUGAUCUUUGUCAGAUUGCUGACUGUUUUAAUCAACAGUUAAACUGCAAAGACACAUUAAAUAAUUUUUUAAGCAAUAUAUUCUAUGACACAGCUGAAUUAUUGUAGACAAUUGUGUGGAUGUAGGGAUGGAUCAAGGCCUUAACCUCAGAGUCAGCUAUUUAAUCCCAUCUAUCGGUCUUUUAGCCAUAAGUCUUCUUCAGAUUCAGCGCUUUCAUGGCAAGGACUGAGGAAGAGGAUGAAUUAUGUGAUGCAUGCUUGGAAACGAUAUCUAGGGGACAGUUCUAAAUUCAUGCCAAAAGGAGAGAACAUUCAAAACAAGAAGCACACAUCGAAAGCAUAGAAAAAGCAAUAUAAACCCAGGACUGAAAAAAGGAAGUAAUGCAUUCCAUAUUUGACUUUUUUCCCCAUACUAAUUUAAUGCAUAAUUGUAAAAGUACAGGUAAAUGUGACACAUAUUGAAAAAUAGGUUGUGUUGAAGAAAAACUGUAAUUAAUUGAUUCAGUGAAUCACCAGCAGCUUGCAAAGGAGCAAUACUUUCAAUUCCUCAUUAACAGCUGAACUAUUUAUUAGGGCACUUGAAAAUUACAUUCAUAGCUUAAAUAAAGCUAUGAAAGGCAGCAAGAAAGGAAGUCAUAAAGAAUAUUGGAAGAUUGUAAAGGAAGAGGAACAGAACUCUGAUGAUAUCUGGAUACACUCAGUGCCUUGAAUGCCACUGAUGUCACAUCAUGCAUCACACAUUAAGGCAUGCAUUUUUAAGCCUACCAUAUAACAACAUACAAGAUACGAUGUAGAUAAAUUAAAAAUUCUAUGGAGAUGGAUGCUUAUCUUAAUAUUUAUGUCUUUGUAAAUAGACUUUCCAAGAAUUCCAAAAUCAAUGGAAUAGUAUUUUGGGGGGAUAAAUAUAGUAUUUUCUAAAAAUGUUGCUGUGAUGAUUUUUGAUACAACUUUCAACUGACCUAAAAUAGUCUUCCUUUAAAAUUAUAGUAAUGGUCAAAGAGGAUUUGAUUUAUGAACUCUUAAACAGUAUUUUAGCUUAUUUUUAAGAUUUAUACAUUUCAAUUUCAUAACCGAAUUCCAUCAAAUUAAGCUGUGUAAUUUAUAACAACAUUGAAUUAAUUUAAGAAUACUUCAAAUAUAUAUAUAUUUUUUAAGAUUGCUCAAUUCAAUCUGAUGGAAUCUUGUUAUAAAAUUGCGUACAUCUUAAAAUAUUUUUUGAGUGAACAACAGACCCAAACUAACCUCUUUGUACAACAGAUGGUAGUACAGCAUUUUUUACACAGACUUUAGUUGUUGAUGUCUUAACACAUGCUCUUUAUGAUUUAAAGACUUUAAUGGGCCUUCCAAAAGGGUUACACAACCAACCUGACGCAGCUGUACAUUCUUGUUCAGGCAGAUGGUAAAUGGAGAAAAUUCAGCAUCAUUGUUAGCCUUCCCAAGAAUAGUUGAAAUUAGUGCAAGAGCAAUGCAUAUAACAAGUAUAUCAGGAGGUCAAAAAUAACCUCAUGGUUUCAUUGUCUUUUUGUCAAAGACAAAUUGCAUUAUCCAGUCAGCUAUUUGUAGAAUGUACUGCAGAGAGAUAAGUGGUAUAACUUGUGGCAUACAUUUUUUUGAUAAAACAAAAUACAGUCCCACUAUAUAUUAAGUGUUUUUAACUAUGUACUAACAUUAAAAUACACACAAUACAAUGUAUUUAUUGUGUAAAUCCAUAUUGUUCCGCAAAAUUCUCGUAAAAUUCACAUUUGCUCCUGAGGUUGAAGUACGAGUAGGAUUAGGAGUAGCUAGGGUUGGGGUAGAGUUUUAGGGUUAGGGGAAAAGUUAACAGUGCAACUACAAAUGUAGGUGAAUGCAUGUACUUUAAAUGUAAGUACAAUGCAUCAACACAUAUGUACAUUUUAAGUAUAUUGUAUUAAAUGCUGAAGUACAUAGUUGCUAAAGACACCUAACAUAAUGUGGGUCCCAAAAUAAUACAUUGCAGAAAAGAAUCUCAUUCCAUCCAUAACAACGUACGGUGAUGAGGGUAUCGUCCAGCUUUGGGACAGAAUGGUGAAUUUAUGAAAUUAUUUUUAUAAUCUGAUCUAUAAUACUGAUUAGUUGGUUUGAGCAAUGCUGUCAGUAUUAAGGAAACUUUACAUUUUCCAUUAAUGAUACUAGAUGGUGUUAUUAUUACAUAACUCCUAUACCAGCAAAUAAUAUUUUUUUUAAAGUAAUGCAGGAAAAUAUUUUUUCUCAACAGUUCACUUAAUUUUGUUUUUUUAUUUUUAUGAAGCUCAUAUUUUUAGACACAUCAACAGCAUGACAGAAUUUUAAUAUUGAAGUGUUACAUUGUUAUUUGUUGGUGUGUCCCUUAUUGAAGAUAUGUGAAUAAAAGUAAU